GUAUUAGUGCAUGUUCGUGCCAGUUCGUGCGUGUUAUUAUGUGUUACAAAAAGGAUAUUGUGUAUUGUACACAAAAAGUUUAAACAAAAACAUGAAUAAGGAUCAAAUCAGGGUAAUUACAGUUUACAGUGGGAAACAGGAGAGAGAAUUUACUCAACGAAGAUCGAUCAAACGGUAGUGUCUGUCUCGAUAUCGCCCACGCAGCAGCAUCUUUUGGUAGGUUUGGCACGUAGGAUUCACGUUCCCGCCAGACCCUUUCCGAUGGCUUUAAUUUACAAGCUAAUGGAGAAGCAAACUGAUGACAAGAAGAAGAAAGUCCCGUCGACAGAUCCCGUCUUGGAGUACGAUUCCUCUGACAGUUACAGAUCCGACAAACAGCUCGUCGAUAACGCGUCCGCGAAUAACACCGUGAAAUCAAACAACGUUACGGUCGGCGCUUACAGGCCGCGCGUUCAGGAAUGGCGAAUUCGCAAUAUGAGAACCGAGUUGGACGUCAAGGGUAACCGAGAGAGCAUGGUGCUUAUACGGGAAUUGUUGCAAAGCAGUCAGGAGACAUCAUAUGGUAUCGCGAAUAUCCUCUCUUCAAUAGACUAAGAAAGAAUUUAAUGUACGACGUGUGCUAAUAAUGUUUUUAUCACGAUUGAGUAUCAAUCUCUGCGAAUUGCGUAAGAGCGAUGGGCUGAAGCACGGGAUUGCGAUUUAUAUUUUAUUUUUCUUUUCGCCGAUAUAUUUCGUUCUACAAUAAAGCAAGUGUAAAAAGAGCAAGUUGUAUAGGUAUCAUAAUGUACGUUUGAUUUCUGUAUCAUUGUAUAGCUUAUGAAGUUUAAAUAAAUUUCCCAUAAUAAAUCUCA